GAGGCUACGACGGUGCUGGCCAGCAGCACCCUUCAGCCAGGGUACAGAAGCUCCCUGCGCCCACAUGCUCAUGGGGCCCUCUAGGCUCCUAAAAGCCCCUCGACCCCGGGGCAUGAAUUUUCCCUGCCGCAGACCAGGUAUGGGCUGGCCCCAGCCCCCAUUUCCUAAGAUGUUCAAAUGCAGCCGAAGAAGGUACCAGCGGAAGCCCCAAGGCCCACCUGCCACCAUUGCAGCCACCACUCUUGCCGCCAUGAGCGCAGAUAUCAACACCUACACUGCUGCCCCCAGCAUGUGGAUCCUCCCGUCUCGAGUUCUCAGACACUUCUGUCAACCUGGGAGCUUUCUGAUCCUCUAGAAAUGCCCAGAAGCUAGUCCAGGAGCUAGGCUUGCCCUGGGCCUGCGUCUCCUACGUCUCCCACAGGCUGUGGGCAAGGAACAACAGACAAAUACAACCAUUCUGCUCAACUGUCUCACUCCAUCCCCAGGUGUUUCCAGUCGACAAGGAUGUGAGGGCAGGGUUGGGGCUGAGCACUCCCAGCAGGGGUCAGAGUUAGACAGGGGAAGGGCAGGACAACGCGGGCAAUACACAUCCUUGGCUUCAGCUCUCCAUCUGCCUGCCUAUGAGGUAGGGGGCUCUCCCGCCUUACAUUCCCACCUGCACAGGGAGAAGGGUUUCUGUAGACAUCGUGGAAGAUACAGGGAGGCAUGGAUCAGAGCAGGAUAGGGUGAAGGCAGAGCCCUGUGAAGUCUGUGAGGCCUCUGUAUGCCUGCAAUGAUCAAUGUGCAGGGGUACCUGCUGGCGUGUGUGUGUGAAGUGCAUGUAUGACCGGGAGAAUGGGAAUAAAA